AUGCGGUGCAAAAACCAGAAGGCAACCUCAGAGGGUCUUUGGAGGAGGACAAGCUUCCCAUCAGAUUGCAGUUCUAAAAGAGUACAAGACAAUUGCACAUCGCACCGUAGGAUAGAUGAUGUUCGCUUACCAGCUAUUGUCGAAAGCUCUACUUUACUAGAGGAAAGAGAUAUUUGGGUAAAGUUUUCUCAUAUCAAGCAGCAAUUAUCCAACAACUACGACAGAAAUAGGGAGUAUGAAGCGCUCAUCUCCGAGUCUCUUUCGAGUAUGGGUGUGCCCCAAGAUGAGAAUCUUACUGCUGUUCACAUCCUAUUCCAGGCGGUUGAGGCCACCGGCGACCCUGAGCUCCCUGUUGUACUGGCUGUGUGGGACAUCACUUACCUUGGUAGAGGUGGAGGUGGAGGUGGAGGUGGAUGUAAGCCCUAUUCGAUUCCUGCGAGUAGAUCAUCAAUCCAGGGUUUGGAGCAAGUGACACUCGAUAGUGAUAUUAUCACAUACUCGCCCUCCUGUGCUAUUUGUUUGGAGGAUUUUGAUCUUCUUUAUCAACAAGAACCGAUAACUGGGUUGCCCUGCCGACACCAUUUUCAUGUACAUUGCAUUGUUCAGUGCCUGUAGAUCAGCCACAUGUGUCCACUCUGCCGAUACCCAAUGCCAAUAGAAGAAGAUUAAGCCCUGCUCAACCUGCCAAGAUCAAGAGGUGCUUGCUGCUGUGUUAUCAAUUACUAGUCUUGUAAAUUUAUAUUUAUAUAUAUAUAUAUAUAUAUAUAUAUAUAUAUGGUUGCUACUGAACUAAAAUGUAUUAUCUUUUAUUUACUUUGUUUCGAGCUAUGUAUGUGGGAGUCUCCACUCUGCUCGGUGUAUUUGUAAUAAAUUUGCCCUUUGUAUGCUAUGCAAUUUGACAUUAAUAUAUUGGGUUUAGUUAUGA